GGCGGGCGGCGGCGGCUCUUUCCGCCAGAGGAGCCUGGGCCACGCAGCGGAGGAGCCAUGGCCACGGCGGCGUCCAACCCGUACAGCCUGCUGGUGCACGCCGAGGCCGCGCCGCCGGGGAUGGCGCAGGGGGGCCCUUUCCGGGGCCACCACCAGAAGCUGCUCCAGAGCGACUACCUGCAAGGCAACGGGCACCCCUUGGGACACCACUGGGUCACCAGCUUGAGCGACGCCGGACCGUGGGCGUCGAGCUUGGCCGAGCAGCCGGACAUCAAGCCGGGGAGGGAGGAUUUGCAGCAGCUGGGGGGGCUUUUGCACCACCGCUCGCCUCACGGGAACCACCAUCAUGGCAACGCCGGGGGAGGGGGACAUUUACAAAGCGCGUGGGCCGCCAGUCCGAACCAGCAGCCCGGGAAUGUCUACUCGCAGGGCGGGUUCGGCGUGGGGACGAUGCUGGACCACGGCGGGCUCAGCCCUCCCCCGACGGCACCCAAUCCCGUCCCGAAUAGCAGCAACGUCCAGACGGCGCUGCUUCCAGAGCCUCACGACGGGUUAAACAGCCACCCGGGCGACCCUUCCGACGAGGAGACGCCGACCUCCGACGAGCUGGAGCAGUUCGCGAAGCAGUUCAAGCAGAGGCGCAUCAAGCUGGGCUUCACGCAAGCCGACGUGGGCCUGGCGCUGGGCACGCUCUACGGCAACGUCUUCUCGCAGACCACCAUCUGCCGCUUCGAGGCCCUCCAGCUCAGCUUCAAGAACAUGUGCAAGCUCAAGCCGCUGCUCAACAAGUGGCUGGAAGAGGCCGACUCGUCCACGGGCAGCCCCACGGGCCUGGACAAGAUCGCCGCCCAGGGCCGCAAGAGGAAGAAGCGCACCUCCAUCGAGGUCUCCGUCAAGGGCGUGCUGGAGACCCACUUCCUCAAGUGCCCCAAGCCCGCCGCCCAGGAGAUCGCCGCCCUCGCCGACAGCCUCCAGCUCGAGAAGGAAGUCGUCCGCGUCUGGUUCUGCAACCGGAGGCAGAAGGAGAAGCGCAUGACGCCGCCCGGGGAGAACGGCGCGGCCGGAGCCGGCCCGCCCCACGAGGCCUACGGGGGGGCGGGGGCCGGGCCCAAAGGCGACUGCCGCGACCUCUGACCCCGGGGGGACACCCACAAGAAGACUCCGCAGGCGGGGGCCCCUCGCUUCCCGUUUUGGGGGAAGACAGGCCCCCAGCCCCUUCCUCACCCCUCUCCGCCAAAGCCAACCAUCUCUCCACUUGGUUGUCGUCCACUCGGGUGAUAGCGGGCCCUUCGACCCAGCCAGACCUGCUUGGAGAUGGGUUAUGGGGCAGGGUGGGCUCAUGGCCCUUCCACGCAGACAUGUCACCCAGAAUAACAAGGCAGAUCAUCCACAGUAUGAGUUAU